GAUUACUGUCCCUACAUAAGCUCAAUGAGAACUUCAAAAAAGCAACAUGUCCGAGGAGUCCUUUGCCACCGCAAUCUCUAAAGAACUCGCCGAAACACCCUACGCGUGCUCCUCGCUCACCCCGCUAAGCGGGGGAACCGCCAACUUUGUCUAUCGCGCUCUGCUCUCUCAUCCUCUCCCAGAUGGAACGAAGUCCGUUAUUGUCAAGCAUAGUGAAGCCUUCGUGGCCGCAAAUCGAGAGUUCAAGUUGCCUGCUGAACGCUGCCUCAUUGAGGAAUCGAUCUUGAAGUCCCUCAACGACUUCUCUAGCACAGUUGAUCGAAGUGAACGAGGUGAAGGGAACACCCGUGAAGUUAUUGUCAAAACCCCGCAUCUCUUCACAUUCAAUCGUGAAACCAACACCGCGGUUGUGGAAGAUCUCCCGGAUUCUUUGGAUCUCAAGUCCUUCUUGAUCUCCACAAGCGCCUCAAGUGACGUGUCUCAAGAAUGGGCGUUCUCCAUAGGCCGCGUAUUAGGAACCUGGUUACGCUCGUUUCACCUGUGGGCUGACAAAGAGGCGCAAGCAGGUGUCGCGGCCGAGAUGGAGAAGAACCAAUCUAUGCGGGACUUGAAGUUCACGGUCAACUACGAUACCCUCAUGAACACAAUUGAUAGAUACCCCACGAUACUUGGAGAUCAUCGGGAUAUCUUCAGCAAGGUUCGGGACAUGGCGGCGGCGGAGUUAGGUCGAAAAGACAAGGAAGGAUUUGGCAUUAUUCAUGGUGAUUUCUGGUCUGGAAACGUCCUCAUCUCCCAAACAGCCUUGGAACAACCAUCCCACACCCCCCUUUUCAUCAUAGACUGGGAGCUCUGCCACUGCGGGCCUCGCGCCCUCGAUCUGGGCCAGAUGUUUGCGGAGCUGUACAUGUUGAAGCAUUUCAAGCACAUCGAAACCGGUGCAUGGAUCAUUCAAGGAUUCAUGGAGGGAUAUCAGAGCUUGGAUGAUGAGAUGGCGUUCCGGGUAUUGAUCCAUGUUGGAGUGCAUUUCAUCGCUUGGGGUCCUUUGAUUGCUGGAUGGGGCACGCCGCGGCAGGUCGAGGAUGUGGUUCGUCUGGGGAGAGACCUUAUUACGAAGGCGUGGGAGAAGGAUAAGAGUUGGUUUGAUGGCGUGUGGAGGUUAUUGUUCAGAGAUUAGUAGAUAAUCAAAGCCGUAGGCUUGCUCUAUGCGUCUCUACCUUUUAAAGAUUUUUAUGAUCUCCAUU